AUGUGGCGCCCUGGUGAUGAGGCGCAGCAGUACCUUGCUACCGUGCUGGGCGACGAUGGCCUGCUGAGGCAGUGGCACGACGCCAACCCUGAGGAAGCAGAGCGGGGCCCAAGCCGAGCCCCUCCAGCUGCGAUCUACGAGGCGGAGGAGAGAGGGGGCAGUGCAGCGGGCUACGCAGCUGCUGCCCUGGCAGGGCUUCCUCCCGACGACGAUGCCGUGCGGGUUGCGAGACUGGCGGCGGGCGUCGGCAAGUCCAUCCAGGAGGUGGUUGCCUGGAACCAUGGGAGCGGCGAGUACACCACCACUGCCCUGCACAGCCGGGGCAGGGGCCGGGUGUCGGCCCCAGGCCAGGAGUCGCUGUAUGGGGAGCUGGGCUCCUGGGGCGACCCAGAGAGCAUGCCCGCACAACUGGCUGCCGCCGCCGCGGCGCGAAAGCGGCGGCCCACGCCUGCACAACUGGCCGAGUUGCGGCGCUCCAAGCAGGAGGCCAAGCGCGCGAAGCAGACGGCAUGGCUGUUUGCUUGA